CCUGCCUCCUGCCGCCACCACCAUGACCACCACCAUCUGCCAGUUCACCUCCUCCAGCUCCAUCAAGGGCUCCUCCGGCCUGGGGGACGGCUUCUCCCACACCUCCUGCCGGCUGUCUGGCAGCCUGGGUGCCGGCUCCUGUAGGCCGGGAUCUGCUGGAGGCCUGGGCAGCGCCCUUGGGGGUAGCAGCUACUCCAGCUGCUACAGCUUUGGCUCUGGCGGUUGCUAUGGCAGCAGCUUUGGGGGCGUUGAUGGGCUGCUGGCCGGAGGUGAGAAGGCCACCAUGCAGAACCUCAGUGACCGCCUGGCCUCCUACCUGGACAAGGUGCGCGCCCUGGAGGAGGCCAACACUGAGCUGGAGGUGAAGAUCCGCGACUGGUACCAGAGGCAGGCCCCGGGGCCCGCCCAUGACUACAGCCAGUACUACAGGACGAUCGAGCUGCAGAACAAGAUCCUCACAGCCACCGUGGACAAUGCCAACAUCCUGCAACAGAUUGACAAUGCCCAUCUGGCUGCUGCUGACUUCGCCCCAAGUGAGUUUGAGACAGAGCAGGCCCUGCGCCUGAGUGUGGAGGCCGACAUCAAUGGCUUGCGCAGGGUGCUGGAUGAGCUGACCCUGGCCAGAGCCGACCUGGAGAUGCACAUUGAGAACCUCAAGGAGGAGCUGGCCUACCUGAAGAAGAACCACGAGGAGGAGAUGAACACCCUGUGAGGCCAGGUGGGCGGUGAGAUCAAUGUGGAGAUGGACGCUGCCCCAGGCGUGGACCUGAGCCGCAUCCUGAAUGAGAUGCGUGAUCAGUAUGAGGAGAUGGCAGAGAAGAAACGCAAGGAUGCCGAGGAUUGGUUCUUCAGCAAGACAGAGGAGCUGAACUGCAAGGUGGCUACCAACAGCGAACUGGUGCAGAGCGGCAAGAGCGAGAUUUUGGAGCUCCGGCGCACCAUGCAGGCCUUGGAGAUCGAGCUGCAGUCCCAGCUCAGCAUGAAAGCAUCCCUGGAGGGCAACCUGGCGGAGACAGGGAACCGCUACUGCAUGCAGCUGUCCCAGAUCCAGGGGCUGAUCGGCAGCGUGGAGGAGCAGCUGGCCCAGCUUCGCUGCGAGAUGGAGCAGCAGAACCAGGAGUACAAGAUCCUCCUGGUCGUGAAUACGUGGCUGGAGCAGGAGAUCGCCACCUACUGCCACCUGCUGGAGGGCGAGGAUACCCAGUGA